GUGCCCUUUGGGAACAACAUGUCAACUCAUUCAGUCUGUGAAGUUCCCCUUUUCUGUUUGGUACACUCAUGGUUAAAUAUUUCUAUAGUAGCAUAAUACAAUGAAUGCAUGGAAUGGUGUUUGGUGUUCCCAAAUGGAUGUGUGUUGGUCAUGAUGUUGUCCACCACUGGUGGUUCUCAUGAUGGUGCUCAUUAAAAGGACAAUCUUAAAUUGCUAAUCCUUUUGUGGAAAAAUUGUUUACCAAGUUCACCUAACAACUAAUGUUGAAGUUGGUAAAAUUAUUUUUUUCUAUUCCAUUACAUACUGUUAAAUUUGAAUACAUUCAUGCAGAAACUAUUUCACUAUUUGUAGUUGUACCGGUGUGUGCUUCCGCUAUCUUACCUAUAUAAUGUUUCUUGGGAAUUAACAUAUGUGCCCAUUCUCUCACCUCAUGUAACUUUUACUACAUUUUAUUCCAGUUCUAUUUUUCAUCUUUGAGUCAUUGUCAUCCUUCAUGUUUGGGUUAUGAACUAAGGACUAAGUAAUGUUUGUGCUACUUUAUUUCAUUGCUAUUGUACAUUUGACCAAACUUUAGUAUUGGAGACACGGAACAUUUUCUCAUCUAGAAAUAUUUACCAAAAAAGGGAAAUGAAAGGAGAGUAGCAGCAAAUAGAUGUGUGACUUGCACAUUGGAUUCCGUGAGUUGAGGCAGUAAGGAGCAUGGGCCCAAGUUUUUUUUGGUGUCUUGUGAGCAUACAUGGUACUUUCUGUACCAAUGGUGUAUUUCCACAUACGAUAUAUAUAUGCUUGGUUUGCCUGACUGCGUGAGAAUGAAUAUUCAGUGGCUACUUAUGUAUGCAUGUGAAGUCACAUUCGUCGAUUUCAGAUAAUUUGCAUUAUUUCCGCCACUUUAAAAUGUGUUGUCCUGAAUAAUGCAAAGCAAAUAAUUCAUUGGCUUUAACAUCCCAUCUGAAAAGCAUAAUAUUAAUCUGUGUGCUAUGGUACCUAGACUGGCCCAUCUAGGCCCAACAGGUUCAAAGUUGCUGAUUUACGUAUCUUACGAAUCUGACUUAAAGUGAUAAUAUCGGGUCACACAAGUUUUAGGGCUUGAAGCUUUAUAAGUUUGAUAUUACUGAGGAUUUAUAAUUUUUAAUAGAAGAGACAUUAUUUAAGUCUAGCAGAGCAUGCCAUCUGAACUUUAAUCUACACUUUAUUCCAGGAAGUUAUGAGUUUCCUUAAUCAGAGUAGUUCUUGUCACUGUGCUCAUAUUUACCUGAUAUCUUCUCUUCUUCUGUUUUCGAACUGACGCUGGGGGAUUAUCGGAUUAGUUGGUUUCCCCUAUAUGCCUGCAGAGCAGAAUACCAUUUACUGUGGACGGGCACACUCGCAUCACAUCGGUCACUCUACUCAGUUUUAACUGACAUGUUUAUUCUGUUUUUUAACUGAUGUUGGGGGCUGCGUUUAAUCGACCAAUUAUUUGGUUUUCUUGUAGGGAAUGCUGGAUGGAACACCAGUUGCUGUAGACGGGCUGCACACGCAUCACAUCGGUCGUCCAACUCCAGUGUACGGCACAAGGCACAUGGGCGCCUGUCCUUGUGGAGCACGGCCAUUACAGGCUCAUGCUGAAACUAAGGAUCAAAGCUUUCAUGGAUGGACAUAUUACUCACGUGUCACGAGCCGCGAGUGGAAAAAGGUAAUAUCAGCCAGGGUGGAAGAAAAGGCAGAUGGCUGUUUCUCCGGCCGGCCAAGCUCCCACGUUCCAGGGCGAUGGGGAUUCUGCUGCACCAAUGUGCGUGCUGUUUACAUGGAAAGAUCCUGUGUCCAUGUCAAGAUAUCAUGCAUGCCACUGCUGGAGAUCGUUAGUAUCUUUCCAAGACUAGGGAAGAAUAGUACUCCCUCCAUAAAGAAAUAUAAGAUCGUAUCACUAUUUUAGUGAUCUAUAUGAUCUUAUAUUUCUUAACAGAGGGAGUAGUUGGCAUCAGCUGUAAACGAAGCCACACAAUGACCAGCACCUGCAGCCCGAACCACAAUAUAUAGUUUGACUUGUUGUGUGCAUAAUAUCAUACAAAGACCGCGGGGGAUCACUCUUCUGUUGUCUCUAAAAAGGAUGGUUUAAUUUGAUGUGCUAUUUGUCAUCAGAUCAGAAUUUGCCGUAUUCCAAUAAUUAUCAAGAGGACUUGAAUGUUUUUUUUUUUGCAUGGAAGAGAACUUGAA